CCUGUCCUCUCCUCAGGAAGUAGCCUGCCAUCAUCCCAUUAUCAUAUCCCCACCUCCGACACACCAUGCCUUCCGCCCAAGGAUACGCGCUGUGCUGCACGCUUCUGUCGGCAUUCGGCAUUAUCUUCCUCACUUCCGUUGGCCUCAUGAUUCAAACCCAACCCGAGUACAUCAAGUCACUCAAUGUCACGUCGUCAGCGCCAGUGUAUGAAGGAGCGGCCUUGUAUGCGGUGUGUCUAGUGGCGUCCAUUGCCGUGUUGUACUUGAAGGCAGGCCCUGUUGUGGAAAAGUACCCCAACGUGCCGUUGAGCGAACAAAUCGACGGAGUGACGAACGAAAAGACCCCGCUCUUGAGUAGGUAAUCCUCGCGUGUCUGCCGUGUGUGUGUGCCGACAUGGACCUACUCGUAGCCGAGGAUGACGAGGAGGACCUGCACGGCCAUUCCUAAGUCAUCGAACACACCAACGCUUAUAAACUCUCCUAACACACUCGAUUCAUUCCA